CCCCGAAGAAGCCGCUUGCUGCCGCCGCCGCCGCCGCCGCUCCCGCUGCUGCUGCUGCUGCUGCUGCUGCUGCUGCUGCAGAGUUGCGCGAACUAGUCAUGGUGCUGUGGGAGUCCCCGCGGCAGUGCAGCAGCUGGACACUUUGCGAGGGCUUUUGCUGGCUGCUGCUGCUGCCCGUGAUGCUUUUCAUCGUAGCCCGUCCCGUGAAGCUCGCUGCUUUCCCUACCUCCUUAAGUGACUGCCAGACGCCCACCGGCUGGAACUGCUCUGGUUAUGAUGACAGAGAAAAUGAUCUCUUCCUCUGUGACACCAACACCUGUAAAUUUGAUGGGGAAUGUUUAAGAAUCGGAGACACUGUGACUUGUGUCUGUCAGUUCAAGUGCAACAGUGACUAUGUGCCUGUGUGUGGCUCCAAUGGGGAGAGCUACCAGAAUGAGUGCUACCUGCGCCAGGCUGCCUGCAAACAGCAGAGUGAGAUUCUUGUGGUCUCUGAAGGAUCCUGUGCCGCAGAUGCAGGAUCGGGGUCUGGAGAUGGAGUUCAUGAGGGCUCUGGAGAAACCAGUCAAAAGGAGACAUCCACCUGUGACAUUUGCCAGUUUGGUGCGGAAUGUGAUGAAGAUGCUGAAGAUGUCUGGUGUGUCUGCAACAUUGACUGUUCUCAAACCAACUUCAAUCCCCUCUGUGCUUCUGAUGGGAAAUCUUAUGAUAAUGCAUGUCAAAUCAAAGAAGCAUCGUGUCAGAAACAGGAGAAAAUUGAAGUCAUGUCUUUGGGUCGAUGUCAAGACAACACAACUACAACUACUAAAUCUGAAGAUGGGCAUUAUGCGAGAACGGAUUACGCAGAGAAUGCUAACAAGUUAGAAGAAAGUGCCAGAGAACACCACAUACCUUGUCCAGAGCAUUACAAUGGUUUCUGCAUGCAUGGGAAGUGUGAACAUUCCAUCAAUAUGCAGGAGCCGUCUUGCAGAUGUGAUGCUGGUUAUACUGGGCAGCACUGUGAAAAAAAAGACUACAGUGUUCUGUAUGUUGUUCCCGGUCCUGUACGAUUUCAGUAUGUCUUAAUAGCCGCUGUGAUUGGAACAAUUCAGAUUGCCGUCAUCUGCGUGGUAGUCCUCUGCAUCACAAGGAAAUGCCCCCGAAGCAACAGAAUUCACAGGCAGAAGCAAAAUACAGGGCACUACAGUUCAGACAACACAACAAGAGCAUCCACGAGGCUAAUCUAAAGGGAGCAUGUUGCACAGUGGCCGGACUACCGACAGUGUGGACUACAUAAUUCAGUAUUAUAGACAAAAAAGUAAGACGAGAUCUACACAUGUUGCCUUGCAUUUGUGGUAAUCUACACCAAUGAAAACAUGUACUACAGCUAUAUUUGAUUAUGUAUGGAUAUAUUUGAAAUAGUAUACAUUGUCUUGAUGUUUUUCUGUAAUGUAAAUAAACUAUUUAUAUCACACAA